CUUGCUGGUAGAGCCAAAGGAGAAGAUGCCAUUGCCACGCAAUGCCAAGAUGGUGAGCACCAAGCAGCCCCGAGCAGCCAAGGUGGGCCCUUCUGCAGAGAAUGCCAGCCCUGAGAAGGAGGAGAGCUGUCAGGCCAAGAGGUCUCCAUCCUCACCCCAAGGUGGGCCCAAGAAGAGGUCGGCGUUUGGGGACAUCACCAAUGCUCACAAGAACCAAGUGUUGGCACAGAAAAAGGAGGCUGUGAAAGUGGCACCACACAAGGCACAGAGGGCCCAUGCUGCCCUGGCAGUGGCCAAGAACAAUGAGAUCAACCUGAAAAAGUCAAUGAAGAAAACUUCUCCAAAAGAGGCUCCUGCAGAGCCCAGGCAGGAUCCUGUGCCAGAGGAGCCAGUGCCUGUGCAGCUCCCUGCAGUGGAGGACAUCGACAAGGGACAGCUGGGAGACCCCUAUGCCAACGCAGAGUACGCCAAGGAGAUCUUUGAGUACAUGAGGGGAAGAGAGGAGAAAUUCAUUCUCCCCAACUACAUGGAGAACCAGACAGACAUCAGUGGGGACAUGCGUGCCAUCCUGGUGGACUGGAUGGUGGAUGUGCAGGAGAACUUUGAGCUGAACCAUGAGACGCUGUACCUGGCUGUGAAGCUGGUGGACCACUACUUGGUGGAGGUGGUGAGCACGAGAGACAAGCUGCAGCUCAUUGGCUCCACUGCCAUCCUCAUUGCCUCCAAAUUUGAGGAGCGCUGCCCACCCUGCGUGGAUGAUUUCCUCUACAUCUGUGAUGAUGCCUACAAGCGGGAAGAGCUCAUUGCUAUGGAGAUCAGCAUCCUCAACACCCUCAAGUUUGACAUCAACAUCCCCAUCGCAUACCAGUUCCUGCGACGCUUUGCCAAGUGUGCCCGUGCCACCAUGGAGACUCUGACACUGGCCCGCUUCCUCUGCGAGAUGACCCUGCAGGAGUAUGACUAUGCCCGGGAGAGCCCCUCUAAGCUGGCUGCCAGCUGUCUGCUGCUGGCUCUCAUCAUGAAGAAUCUUGGUGGCUGGACCCCCACGCUGGAGUACUACAGUGGGUACAGCUCCCAGGACCUGCAUCCCCUGGUGAAGAGGCUGAAUUUCCUGCUCACAUACCAGCCCCGUGACAAACUGAAGGCCGUGCGCACCAAGUACUCAAACCGGGUUUUCUUUGAGGUUGCCAAAGUCACCCCCAUGGACAUGCUCAAGCUGGAGGAGAUACUGAAGAGCUGCUAGCCCUGUCUCUGUAAAUAGCCUGUAAAUAGCUUGGUGUUCUCUGGCAGAGGAGCACCAUGUACAGAAAUAAUAGCAAUUUCAACUGAAGGGGAAAAAAAAAAAGUACUGUAGAGU